CGCUCUGCGCUUCUGCUAAACUACACUACACUACAGCUCGAUUACUCGAGAGAAGCCAUGACCAUGAGGCCUCUCGCUGCUCUGCUCGUCGUCCACAUCCACUGGCUACUCUUGCUUGCAAUGGUGCCGCCAAGAGUCCAGUCUUCCCCGGCGCCGGCGCCGUCCGCCUUCCAUCACCUGGCACUCGCCGCCCACGAGUACAACGCGACGGUCUACAAAGCCUCAGCAGCGCGCUGCGCGGGCUGCGGCGGCGGCGGAGACGGCCCUGCCACCAACGCCGCCACUCUCGGCGGGCUAGGCGCGUGGGCGGAGGCGGUGGAGUUCCUCUACUACCACAACGCCGUCCGCAUGGCGCGGUGGGAGCUGCCCCUGACGUGGUCCACCCGCCUCGAGUCCUACGCGCGGUGGUGGGCGUCGCAGCGGCGCGGCGACUGCGCGCUGCGGCACUCGUUCCCGGAGGGCCAGUUCGCGCUCGGGGAGAACAUCUUCUGGGGCGGCGCCGGCGCCGCCUGGAGCCCCGGGGACGCCGUCAAGGACUGGGCGGCGGAGGGCGUGGACUACUCGUACGCCGCCAACGCGUGCGCGCCGGGCCGGGACUGCGGCCACUACACCCAGAUCGUGUGGCGCGGCACGGCCUCCGUCGGCUGCGCGCGCGUCGUGUGCGACGACGGCGGCGUCUUCAUCACCUGCAACUACUACCCGCCGGGCAACGUCGUCGGGCAGAGGCCCUACUGACGGCGAGCGAGUGAGCUGCGGUGCGAGAUUAGGAUUUAGGGGCACCACGAUGCCGCCAUGGUUUGUUCAGGGAGUGUCGCGGUGUAAUAAGGCUUCAGAGAUAGAUUCGGUAUGCAAACCUUCACGACAAAUAAAAGGUGUGUAUCUGUAUAGUUACACGUAGACGUAUUAAUACGUGCCUACAAGUGAGUUUUCGGUAAAUUAUGUUCUAUGGAUUAA